AUGGAACUCCCUUACCCGGAUCCUACUCGCUAUCGGCAUCUUGUUGGUAGCUUGGUAUAUCUUCGUCAUUCGCGUCCCGACAUCUCUCAUGCUGUGCACAUUCUCGGUCGGUUUGUUGCGGCUCCCACCUACAUUCAUUAUGGACAUCUUCUUCGCGUACUGCGAUAUCUUCGUGGCACUGUCUCGCGUGGUUUGUUCUACUCACACCAGUCCACUCUUGACUCACGAGGCCUAUUCGAUGCUACUUGGGCCAGCUCCCACGAUGAUAGAGUCUCACAUCAGCAGCUCUGUAUCUUUCUUGGGUCUUCCCUUGUUGUUUGGAAGACUAAGCAAUGCAGACUCGUUGCCAAGUCGAUCUAG